CCUCCCUCGCCCAAGCCACCCGGAGCGUGCAAGCCACAGCCUGUCGUCUGCAUUCUGUCCACCGGAUUUCUCCACCUCUAUCUCCCCCCCCUUGUUCUAUCUCUCCCGUGCAGAGGUAGGUUGUGCCGGGGUGAUACAGGGAUAUCUGAGUCAGAAGCGAGGACAGGGCCUGGAACUACGCUGCUGUCGCGUACAAACCGCGGAGAGGAUGGGGUUGUUUCAGAGGACAUCAAAGCGCCAGCAUUCCAACUACCCUGUUCCUGUGCUCGGCACAAGAGAUGCUCCUCCUGUCGUCGCCAUCGACAUCGGGAAGUUCGGAACGGCAUGUUCCUGGAAGUCCAAUUGGGAUCCCGUUCCAGCCGUCCGAAACCUCGACACGCAGCAGCCUCGCGAAAAAGUCGUUCGCAAGAGCCCGAACUCGUUGUUGGUGCAUCGCGACAACGUGUCCGUUGUGUCGCUCGGUGACACCGCCGAGAAGAGCUACGCUUGUGGCAGCUGCCCGGUCGGAGCCAAACUGUUCAGGAGAUUCGGUCGUCAACGGAUGCGGGUUGAGUCAGAGCCGACGUCGGAGAGUGUGGUCAAGUGCUCGAGGAACCGCUCUGAGAUGGAACUGGCGAAGAUCAUGUUCUACUUGCUCAUGCACGCCCGAGAUGCUGCUUUGAAGAACCUGCCCGGGGCAGGCAAACCGGUAUCGGCCGCCUCCGUGAAUUGGGUGCUGACCGUUCCAGCCUCCCUUUCGGACCGCCAAUGGGAGACCGUGAGAAAUUCCGCCGUCAUGGCCGGCUUGGUCAACGAUUGGCACGACCGCGAGGGUCUCAAGUUUUGCCCCGAGCCUAUCGCUGCCUGCCUUGCGUUCCAAGACAGGCUGGACUGGCAAGCUGGCAAAACAUACUUGGUGGUGGACUGCGGAGGAGUGACCGUCGAUAUUCAUGUGGUUGGCGUAUGCGACACGGAGAAGCGGGAGCUAUGCCAACUACUCAAGGGGAGGAGCGGACCAUGGGGAUCUGAGACCUUGGACAUCCUGUUCGAUGAGUUCCUGCGGGGUUUCAUUGCCUCGGCCGCUUCCGGCGCCGGCAAACGGGCGAUCACCAGCUUUUUGAACAGCUCGGCGAAGCUCCGCAUCAUGCAGGCCUGGGAAACAAGUAAGGUGGGCUGGAAGGACAAGAAUGACGAAUGCAGGAUCGACUUGACCGAGCUGGGGAAUUACCCGCUCGAGGUGACCAUGGAAGACAUGGAUAGGGCAAGAGACGACAAGAAUGGGCACGGAGAGGAACUCGUGGGCGGUUACGGGACGUCGGUCUUGGUCUUGAAGCCGGCUUGGAUGAGGAAGGCCUUCCAACAGCCUAUCGAGAGCAUUUCGCAGGCGGUGGCAGAGCAGCUGGACGAACCGGAGCUACAAGGGGUCAAGUCUGUCGUGAUGGUGGGAGGCUUUUCGGAGAAUUUUCUCGUCCAGGAGGCCAUUCGGACGUGCGUCCUGGAAAAACGCCCCCGGGCGGAUGUGCAUGUGCUCGUCCACGCCAGACCAGGUCUAGCAAUUGCGGAAGGGGCAACGUUUUUCACGUCGCAAGGUGACCCCGAUUCCGUCGAGCUGGAUACACCGCCGGAACCGGCGACUAUCGACAUGUGGCCAGCCCCUGUCGGGGUUGUCGAGGCUGAGCGGGAAGAUACCAUCUCAGAUCGAGUUGCGCGCAUGAUGAUUCGGGAUAAGACAUCGGCAAUCCUUGGACCACCGCCGUCUUCAUCAGAAGGAGCGGCGCCAGGAGAAACUGAGGAGGUCCUAUCCGACGCGUUCAACGUGGUCGAAGUCGUAGCGAGAGCGGCGCAGGAACUGGCGGACAGGUCGACGGUUCCCUUCGUUCCCGAGGUGGCGAUGUUGUUGGUGGUGAUGCUGAGCCUCGCAUCAGAGCGUCGAGAUUGCCUUGCGGAGGCGACCUCAACAGCCAAUUGGUGCUCGGGAAUUCUCCACAUACUGGACGACGCGGACCGUGUGCUACGGGAGGAUACAACGGGAGGAGGGUCGACGUGGGUUAUGAGCGUCCAGGACGCGAUCAGUAACCUGUUGCAGCUGAUCAAGACCUACAGGAGCUCCCACACGAUCGUUCAAGUCGUGACGUCGCCGCUGUUCAAGCGCCGAAAGGAGCAGCUAGAAGCGGUCGUCAGUCGGGCUAUGGAUGGUCUGAACGUUAAGAUUGGGGUCCACAUCGGCAGCAACGUCAACGCGAUAGUCAACAAGGUGGACCGUAUUACUGACGACAUGCACGCCGUGAGGCACAGCAUGGACAAAAUGAUCCGAGACGACCGUCUGCAGAGUGCUCAGUCACGACUCCCCGAGGAGUCCGCAGAGACAAUCGUAGACUCCCUAGCGGAAGCCCGUCGUAAGCGACGACAACAGAAGUGGGGCGAGAUAGAGAUCCCGGAGGGGGACGUCGAGAUACUGGAUUUGCUGGGGCAAGGCGGUUUCGGAGAGGUGUACAUGGCCGACUACAUGGGCGAAAACGUGGCAGUGAAGAUAAUUCACGUCGACCACGGGCUCAAGGGCUUUUGCCUCAACGAGAGCGAGAGAAAUGGGGAUCGGAGACACGCCCCAAUGGCAGAACGGGCGAGCAAGCAGCAGAAGCAGUUCAUGCACGAGGUGGACACGAUGUACCGUCUCAAGAGCCCUCACACGGUGCUGUUUCACGGUGUGAUCACCUCUCGGAAAGACCGCCUGGCUCUUGUUAUGGAGCUUCUCGAGGGCGGAGACUUGCGCGGCUACCUCCGGAAAGCAAAGGGUCCGCUUCCCGAGGAGGACUCCCGGCGUGUCAUUGGAGACGUCUGCGCCGGGAUGGCGUUUCUGCACGAGAACGAAACCAUCCACGGCGACCUCAAGUCUGCGAACGUGUUGCUGGAUCGAAAUGGCAGGGCCAAGAUAGGAGACUUCGGGACAUCCAGAACGACGAAACAGCAGACCAGCACGUGCCUGGUCACGCGUACCGCGGGAAACGGCUCUACAACGAUGACGUUGCAAUGGACUGCACCAGAGAUUUUCUACGGUGAGUGUGCUUCCUACGCGAGCGACAUGUACAGCUUCGGAGUGGUGAUAUGGGAGGUCCUUUCCCGAGAAAUUCCUUGGUCGGGGCUAGCUGGUAAUCCAGCGAUUUGCUUCAAAGUGGCCACCUUGGGGGAGCGCCCGGCAAUUCCCUGUGGCACCCCUCCUGAAAUCGAAGACAUCCUGAAGCUCUGCUGGGCUCAGCAGCCCCAGAACCGCCCUACGUUUCGUCACGUCAAGGAAAUCUUGCCCCUGAGAUGAUGCUAGGCAGGGUAGUCUCGGGGGAAGCGAGCCAAGCAGGUUAGCUGGGCUCCUCCCGAGGCUCUGUGAAACUCCUACCGAAGGUGGUGGAUCUCCCCGCUCUGCCGUGUUCCUAUGUAUCUCCUGGGAAUCCCGAUUCUGGUUUGGCGUUCGCCACAUGUGUUGGAGGGUUUACUUUUUUUGUGGUGGAGAGUGGAAGGAGGGAGAAACACUUGGAAAGGACUUGUAUUGGUGUAUGGGAAACUGGUAACCCACACACGGGGUGGAAGUAAUUGGCUCCUGGUUCGACGUUCGGCCGCAAGGUUGGUGUAUGUUUGCCCGCAAAGCAAGGCGCACGGGUGUUUGUGAUGGUUAGGUUAGGGUGAGGCGGGCAAUCCGUGAAUGAAGUGAUACUGUGUGACUCUUUUAUCAGCGUCGACGUGUGUGUGUGUGUUCGUCCCAUAGUGGUACUGUGAUGCUGUAAUUUAUACCGACGUUGUUUUUCAUGUUUCUGUUCCGGGUACUGUCGCUGGUCUUUUUUGUGGAGAACUUGAACUGAACUGAUUACGUCCGUGUGUCUACACCACGUACCAGUCAAACUCGUGUACGGAUUUCAACUUCCCUCCAAAGAUUUUGAUUGUUUUGUGAUGUUUUGUGUAUGCUGACUGUGUCUUUGUUGUUGCCCUCCGUAGUUCUUCGCUGUUUUCCUCUGUUCCAAGGCUAUGGUCGGUCGAAUGGUGAUAGGGUAUCGGUUGUACCAAAUGCAGCGGGGCGAUGUCACGGUGCUUCCUGCGGUGCAGUAGUUGAGCGGUUUUCAGUAUGGUUAUCGAUAUGUUGAACGAUUUUCAGCAUAUUUAUCCAUGUGUAAGUCCUCCUUUCACUCACCCGCUUGGGCCUUGGCCAGAUUAAAUGGUGUUUGGGACGUUACCGAUGUUUUGAGAUGGUGCUUUAUUUUCUCACGCGUGGACGUCAACUCACGAAGUACAGAAAUGAUAUUGAUUGCGUGUCGGGUGCAACUUCCUGUCGAGGGAGGAGUCUCAUGGGUGGGUCCAUGGGCAAUGUACAUGUAACACUGCAGGAGUCGGUUGGUAAAUAGGGGGGGUUAUCGGAACGCUGAUGAUGUGACAAGGAAGGCAGUCUAUAUGUUGGGGACUUAACCCUUUCGUGACUGGGUUCUUUCUGGAUCUUCCGCGGUUUUUUUUGUUCUGCCGGGAUCGAAUAGACCGAUGAGUCAUGAGACACACA